CGUCUUGUUCCUCUCCUUCGCAACCACUUGUCAGUAGACUCUAUCAGUACCAGCUCGGCACCCGACCGACACACAGACCGUCAGAGCCACCGACCUCGACACUCCGGCCCCUCGCCCUCUACGCACUCGACACACCGUGCCUGCAGCCCGCAGUCGCCAGUGCCCCACAACCAACACCCUCGCUCACUCAGCUCACGCUCGCUCACCUCGACCCCUCCUGGCGCCACGUCUUUGGUGUCUACUCUUCUCCGCAAGCAAGACUUGAUCACAGUUUGACCCAACCUGUGCUUUUAAUCGCGAGCAACAAUGGCUUCUCCCGCCACCACGACUCCCCCGGUCGCGCCGCCCCCGACCACGCCCGCUCCCCCGCCCUCGUCGGAGGCGCCCCCUCCCUCGUCUUCUCACGAGCCGACGACCACCUCGAGCGCGGCCCCGCCCCCCUCGUCCUCGGCGCAGUCGGAAAGCCCCUCGAAUGGGCCUACGUCGGCGUCGCCUUCCAACGGCCCGUCGGCCUCUGCUUCCGAACCGCCGGUGAGCAACGGCCCCUCGUCCAGCGCGAGUCCUUCGAACGGACCUUCGUCUCCUGGCGCGUCGUCCGGCAGUCCGACUAGUCACCCGUCGAGCAGCGGCGGUGGCGGCGCCGGCAGCACCAUAACGAGCAUCGUCACACAACCAAACGGCGAUGUCGUUGUCUCGACCAGCGGCGCUGUCACGACCAUCGGUGCUUCCAAGGGCGGCUCCAAGUCGAACACGGGCGCCAUUGUCGGUGGUGUCGUCGGCGGUGUUGGUGGUCUCCUUGUCAUCCUCGCCAUCGCCCUCUUCAUCUUCCGCAAGAAGCGCAAGUCGUACCGCGACGACUUUGACGACAUGAUGUUUGACCCUGCUCGUCCCCAGAACCACGCGGCCAUCGACCUCUCCGACACUGCUGGAGCACCCACUGUCGACCCCUACGACUACCAGGGCAGCUCGGCGGGAGUUGCGUCUACCAGUGUCCACUCGCCUGAAACGAGCCAGUUCCACGGUGGCCCCGUCUCCCAGGCGUCGGGUGGGCCCCACAGCAACGCCGGUUUUGAGAGCCGCUCGCACGGCACAUCGUCGGCUACCUCGACUGCUGGCUACGCCGGUUUCGGUGCUGGUGGUGGCUACGGUGCCCAGGCCGUCACGGCAUUCCCCCAGGCGGUCGCCACUGGUUCUGGUCCCGAAAUGUCCGAGAAGCAGCGCGAGGCGUACCAGGAGUCUCAGCGCUUCCGUGUGCAGAACGUGACUUCACCUACUGCCGGCCCCAGCGGCGCGGCUUCUCCUCCGGCGCCUGUCACUGUUCACCAGGACGGUGGCGCCUUCGUCGAAGCCGAUGCCAGUGGCGCCGAGAUCCCCCCUACGUACGACUCUAUUAGGAGAUAAGGCGUACAACGCGUUGUCGGAACAGCAAGCUCGUAAGGCGACAAGUCUCAAUGCUGUUGGCCCGGCCACUUGAGCGGAUUAGUGGCAGUUUGGCCUUCGCUUGACCCACUACUCGCUACUCGCUUCCCCCUACGUCGUCAACUCGAGCUCUAUCCCCGAGCUGCACUCCCGCUCUCCUCCCGAGCAUGUCACCCGCUCGCUCCCCUCCCCCUUGUGAACAUUUGUGUAUACCGCCAACUCCACCGCGUGCUUGUCCAAUCUGAUUGUAAUACCACGCCAACCGGUGGGCGAACCGAGCCCACUCGAUGUCAUUCUUUGAAUCGGUAUAGACUAUAUGGUAAUAAUGCAACCCAGUUUUGUUGAAA